AUGGUGGCGGAAAAGGCAUUGGAGGGAUUUGAAAGCAAAGUAAUUCUUGUAUCCACUGCUCUGCCCCACAUCCAUUUUUGUCAUUCUUCUCUUCAACGGUUGACAGCGCUUCGCUGCUGAUAGGCUGACAGACAGAUUUUCAAUAAUGUGUAAGAUUCUUCCAAACCCUCUUUUCAUUCUGAGUUUUGACAAUUCAAUCACCUCAUAUCGUGGAGCUUCUUUUCAUGUCUUACCUAGUUUUGCUACCCACUAUUUGAUUUUACUUCUCUUCCUUCCACUUCCAACAAACUAUAUUCUACAAAUAAUCGUCCCUUUUCGUCUCUAUUCAUGCAACACCUUGAAUGUGAAGGAACCCAGAUUGUAAAUAGCACGUCUUUCUUGAUAUUCGAUGAGUCUUACUUUUUUUCUCUCUCUUUCCCCAUUGAAAUAUCCGUGCUGAAGAAAAAGAUGGGUGUUUAGUUAGAGUCAGAGUUGAAUCACAUUUAAAUUGUUGCUUUACAUAAAGGAUGCUUGAUGGAGGGAUGACUACGUCCUUUUAUGCGCUGACUUGCCCAGCACCUAUUCGACGAAAUGCCAACGAGGGCAUUACUCGCUUUAGAAGGAGAAUAAAUCCGUAUUCAUCUGUACAGAUUUCCUCUGUUAUUCAAACUGAUGCAAAUGACAACUUACCAGGAUCCAAGAAGAUAUCAAGUUCAGGAAAAUCUCUGUCAAAAACUCGUACUCCUAAACCCCUUCUUGUCCAGCCCAAGACUGUGGGUGUCAUAGGGGGAGUAUCUGUUUUUUCUACACUACUUUUCUUGGAAAAGCUCGUCUGGUGGAGCAUGAAGGAUGGACAAGAGAGCAUACCUUUUGUUGUUUGCAGUGAUCCUGCAUUAGGCAAAGGGAUUCCACCUCUUACUUCAUCGUGCACGUUCAGCACAAAUUCUUCUCAAUAUGGUCAUAGUGAUGAUCCAAUCAUCGAGAAUUUAAAGCGGAAAAGGGCAUUUCUUGAGCAGUCCGGAGCUCGGUGUCUAAUUACGCCAUGCCAUCUUACACAUAGGUGGCUUGGUGACACAUCUGAGAGCUGCAAAUUACCUUUCCUUCAUGUGGGAGAUUGUGUUGCUAGGGAGCUUAAAGAAGCUAAGCUUAAGCCACUUGAAGGAGGGAGCAGUGUCCGGAUCGGGCUGCUUGCAACUGAUACAGCAACAGUAGCUGGUUUUUACCAUGAGAGGCUACAAAAUCAGGGCUUUGAUAUUCUCUUGCCAGAUGAAGCAACCAUGGAGCAUAUUGUAAUUCCUGCAGUUGAAGCUUUGAAUAAAAGGGAUCAGGAAGGAGCAAGAAAUCUGUUGAGAAUUGCUGUUCAUGUUCUUUUGAUAAGGGCUGUGAAUAUGGUAAUACUUGCUUCCGAUGAAUUGCUUAAUCUUCUUCCUCCUGAUGAUCCUAUUCUGAAAAAAUGUAUUGACCCAAUGGAUGCGUUGGCCAGAGCAGCCAUUAAAUGGUCUAGAUCUACAGAAAAUUUACAUGAGAAAGCUUAGCUUUGUCUCUCUUGUUCACUUGCUGCAUAAUUUAUGUAUUCAUAGAAAAAAAAUGGAGCUUUCAACUGUUGUGUAUUCGGAUAUGGCUCAAAAUUAGAUGGUCUAAUUUUUUUCCUUCA